CUGUGCAUCGUUAUGAUGCUCUCCCUCUCUCUGCUACUGCAUCUGGCAGCAGCAAACGUGGCAGCCGAAGUCACAGACGAAAUGGCAGCCGAUGUGAGAGUCGAAGCUGCAGUUAAAGCAACAAAAGCGUCGCUCAGCGCGACAGAAGAAAGAACGAAAACGGGUGUCGGAACUUCGGGCGUGGGAAGAAAGAGCGCGUCAUCUGUCGGCAGAGGGGUGGCAGUGAUAUCGCCACUUAGCAGCGGCGAUGUCGCGGGAGCCGAAAUACUAGCGCCAGACGCCGGCGACCACUGUCCCGCUGGCUACUUCCACUGCAACGCAACAGCGCAGUGUGUACCGCAGCGCGCCAACUGCGACGGCAGCGUCGACUGCGACGACGGAUCCGACGAGUGGAACUGCAUGAACGAGGUGGAUGCCCACUAUUGGGAUCAUCUUUACCGCAAGCAGCCGUUCGGGCGGCACGACGACAAGCCGAUUGGCGAAUGCUUGUGGCGCAACGAGAACUUUAGCUGUCCGUGUCGCGGUGAUGAGAUACUCUGCCGCUUCCAAAUGCUAACAGCCCUGCCCACGCACUUGCCACAAAACGAUCUGGCAGCACUAGAUCUAACAGGCAACAAUUUCGAAAUCAUUCACGAGACGUUCUUCAGUUUGCUGCCGAAUCUGGAGAGUUUAGUCCUGAAGUUCUGCUCAAUCCGUGAGAUUGCCUCGCAUGCAUUUGAUCGCCUGGCCACCAUACCACUGCGGACUCUCUAUAUGGACGAUAAUAAAUUGUCGCAUCUGCCGGAACAUUUCUUCGCCGAGGGCAAUCAAUUAAGGAUUCUCAUUUUGGCACGCAACCGACUGCACAGCCUCAAUCGGAGCGAUUUUCAGCAUUUGCCGCAUCUGCAGGAGCUGGAUCUGCGUGGCAAUCGCAUCGAACACUUCAAGGCCGAUGUCUUUGCCGAGCUGCCCAGUCUGGAAGUGCUAUAUUUGAACGAGAAUCGCCUUCAGCUGUUGGACCCAGAGAUGUUUCCCCGAACCUUGCUCAAUCUGCACACCCUGUCCCUGGCCCAGAAUCAAAUCGAGGAGAUAGCCGCCAACACAUUUCCCUUUCCCCGCCUGCGACACUUAUUUCUGGCUGGCAAUAGAUUGUCCCACAUACGAGAGGGAACCUUCUGCAAUCUCAGCUAUCUCCAAGGAUUGCAGCUGAACGAGAACCGCAUCGAAAGAUUCGACCUGGGUGCCUUCGCGUGCCUCGAAAAUCUCAGCUCGCUGCUGCUAACGGGCAAUCGUUUUCAGACCCUCGAUCCGCGAGUCCUGCAAAACUUAAGCAGCCUGGACUACAUUUACUUCUCGUGGUUCCAUUUGUGUCGUGCCGCACUCCAUGUGCGGGUCUGCGAUCCGCAUGGCGAUGGCAUCAGCAGCACCUGGCAUCUGCUGGAUAAUCAGAUACUUCGUGGCAGUGUUUGGGUGAUGGCCUCCAUUGCCGUGGUGGGCAACCUGCUCGUCCUCCUGGGCAGAUACUUCUACAAGUCACGCAGCAAUGUCGAGCACUCGCUGUAUCUGCGCCAUCUGGCGGCCAGCGACUUCCUCAUGGGCAUCUACCUGACGCUGAUUGCCUGUGCGGACAUCACUUUUCGCGGGGAGUACAUCAUGCACGAGGAGGCCUGGCGCCACAGCUCCAUCUGUGCCUUUGCAGGAUUUCUGAGCACCUUUAGCUGCCAAUCAUCGACGCUGCUGCUCACGUUGGUCACCUGGGACCGCCUGAUGUCCGUCACGCGGCCCCUGAAGCCACGGGAUACGGAAAAGAUUCGCAUUGUUCUGCGCCUGCUGCUGCUGUGGGGCGUUAGCUUUGGCCUGGCGGCGGCUCCCUUGCUGCCCAACGCCUACUUCGGCAGCUACUUCUAUGGCAACAACGGCGUGUGCCUCUCGCUGCACAUCCACGAUCCGUACGCCAAGGGCUGGGAGUACUCGGCGCUGCUGUUCAUUUGUGUCAACACCCUGUCGCUGGUCUUCAUCCUGUUCUCCUAUGUGCGCAUGCUGCAGGCCAUACGCGACUCGGGCGGCGGCAUGCGCAGCACACACAGCGGACGCGAGAAUGUGGUGGCCACGCGUUUCGCCAUCAUUGUGACCACCGACUGCGCCUGCUGGCUGCCCAUUAUCGUGGUAAAGGUUGCCGCUCUUUCAGGUUGUGUCAUCUCACCGGAUCUGUAUGCCUGGCUGGCGGUGCUGGUGCUGCCGGUGAACUCGGCCCUCAAUCCCGUGCUGUACACACUGACGACGGCGGCGUUUAAGCAGCAACUGCGUCGCUAUUGCCACACCCUGCCCAGCUGCUCGCUGGUGAACAAUGAGACACGCUCCCAGACCCAGACCGGCUACGAGUCCGGCCUGAGCGUGAGCCUGGCUCAUCUCGGCGGCACUGCCGGCGGUGGCUCCGGUCGCAAGCGUCUCUCACAUCGCCAAAUGAGUUAUCUGUAGACACGCACAGUAGGACAGACAGGCAGACAGACAGGCAGACAGCGACAGACUGGACAGCAGACUACUGGCCACAGUGGAAUGUGAUAACUGAUUU